CCCGCGCCUCCUGGGCCCGCCGGGCUAAGGCCAGAACCGUUGCGCGCGCGGCUCGGAUCCCGCCGCCUCCCCGGCCAGCCAUGGAUGCUCCCGCGCGGGCUCUGAGCCGCCGCCGCCGCCGCCUCCUCGUCCUCUGCUUUCUCCUCCUGCCGGUGGCCGCCCAGCUCAGCGGUGCCAGGAAGGUCCACCUGCCCCCGGGGCCCUUGUACCGCGUGGAAGGCACCACCCUCGCCAUUCCCUGCAACGUCUCUGAGUUCGAGGGUCCUUCUCUGCAACAGUUCGAGUGGUUUCUGUAUCGCCCGUCGGCUCCUGACAUCUCCAUCGGCAUGGUCAGCACGCGAGACCCCAACUUCCCUUACGCUGUUUUUGGGACCCGGGUGCAGGCUGGCAACGUCUCCAUCCUGCGCGUUCGGGGCGAUGUUGUGGAACUGCGUGUCAGGGCGAUUCGGAUGGAGGACACGGGGGUCUACGAGUGCUACACACCUACCACGGAUUCCAAAUACCAGGGCACCUAUAGUGCUAAGGUGGAGGUCAGAGUUAUCCCCGACCAGCUCUCUGUCUCUGUUGCCCCUCCCUCUGAUGCAAAGCCCGCUCUCUGGGGCUGGAGGGCUGCUCCCCCUCCCCAGUUGGUGCUUCUGGAGAGCCAGGACCUGCUGCUCACCUGCUCCGUGUCCACCGGGACCCAGCUGCACACCCACCUCUCGGCCUCCUUCACCGUCUCCGCGCCCAGCAGUCCCCGGCUGCAGCAUGAGGUGAUUGGGCUUCGGCGGGACUUCGCCCUAGAGGCAGCCGGGCGUUUUGCCCCACGGCGCCUGGCCCGGGAGCUCUCCCUGGUCAAGCUGGGCGACUGGAAAUACCAGAUGGCGCUGGACCGGCUCAGGCCAGAGGACUCCGGGACCUAUCACUGCGCUGCCGGGGAAUGGAUCCAGGAUCCUGAUGGCAGCUGGCAGCAGAUCACUGAGAAGCGGGUAGCCCUGGCUGAUGUUUCCGUUCAAAGCAUAGCGAACCAGUUCUUGGUGUCUGCCGGCCCCCCCAGAGCCUUGCUCAGUCCCAGAGAUUCCCUGGAGCUCUUCUGCAACAUUUCCGGAGCCCCCGUCCUCCUCCUGCCCCACGUUGCCUUUGCAGUCAGCUGGGAGCUGAGGAAGGAGGCUGCCGGGGAGGGGCAUCUCGUCGCCCGGCUGGAGGCCAGUGGUGGGCUUGUCCUGGGCCAGAACUAUACCAACCGCAACGUGGGCACGAGGCACGUCUCUCUGCAGAAGCUGGCCUCCCCUCUGGGAGCUUUCCUGCUGCGGAUCGAGUCGGCCCAGCCGGCAGACAUGGGCUCGUACCGCUGUGAGGUUCAGGCCUUUUUGCGGUCUCCAAGUGCAGAGUUGCGUCCGUUGGCCACCCUGAGCUCCGAGGUGAUCAGCGUGGAGGUCAAGUCCCAAGCGGUGGUGCUGGGGGCCGUUGCAUGGCUGCCCUUGCCCACCCUCUACCGUGGCAGCACAGCCGACGUUCGGUGCAACGUCUCCGUGGAAUCGGCUCAGGAUGUCCACCUGUCCCUCAGCUGGUGGGCAGAGCUGCCACAGCCGGAUUCAUCCCCUCUCGGGGUCAUCUUGGCUUCCGUGGACCGUGAGGGGGUGGCGCAGCUAGAGAAGCCGCCAUCUGGAGGGGUCCUGAGCGUGGAUAAAGUGGGGCCGCAGAGCCACCGGUUGCGCCUGCAUACGGUCCAGCCGACCGAUGAAGGGGGCUACUAUUGCGCUGUGACCGCCUGGGUACGCUUCCCCGACCGCAGUUGGUAUCAGGCUGCUUCGGUAAAGUCCAAUGUGGUCACUGUGUACCCGUAUCCGCUGGCCAUGGACACCCUCCUCAUCCCUCUGGCGGUCGGCAUCUCCAGCGCCCUCCUCCUGGGGGUCUCCAUCCUGGUCUCAGUCACCUGCUGCUUCAUGGCCAGGCUGCGCAAGAGGUGAACCCCAGAGCGUUGCAAUCUUGCCAGUCACCAAGAUGGUUCCUUCUCAGCCAAAUCUCUCCGCUCUGUGUCUGUUUUCGUUUUGCCUGAGGGCCAGUGGAGAUGGACUUCCCUUCAUCCCCCUCCCCUCCAUCUGCAGACCUUGCUGCUGCCCUGCUUAACAACAUUGGUGGCUGCUUCCUGCUCAACAAGGCAGCCAUGUCUUCUGGCUCCAUCCGUUUGGACUCUGGCGGAGCGUCCUGGAGACUCACCUGAAGGCCAUCUCCCAACACCCGGAUUGUGCCGGAUGAACCCCUUGAGGGAUCAGGGGCACCAUUCCAUCCCACGCCUGGCCUCCUGAGGAUCUGAGCCUCCCCCUCCCCUGGCCUUGGUUUCCUGGUGCCAAAGUUGCUGCCGGAGUCCCUGAUGGGCACAGGGAGAUGCCAUAGCAACAGGCUGCACCCAGCGGAGGAACCGGGCACCAUGGAGGCCGCACAGCAGAAGGGCCGGAGCAGAGCAACCAACAUCUUUUGGCUUUUGAAGAAGAGCAGCUCUGUGUCCACCAGCUGGGUUGUUUCCAGCCGGGGUGGGUGGGUGCUUUGUUUCUGCCCCUCUCUGCAAAUGUCCCAAGCACUCAAUCCCAGCAGGCACCUCUGGACUUCUCUAGGAAAGCAGCGGUGCCAUCAAAGGAAGCAAGUCAUCUUGAAGUCAUUUGUGUUGUGUGUGAGUUGUAUGUGCAUGCAAGCGGGAGACCCUUAUUUGGCUCCCCUUCCAAAUUCCGUUGCCAGCAGGAAAGGCCAGGCUGUGCCCACAGCUCAGUGCCUGUCCAGCGAGAGUGGCUUUGGGCUCCUGGCAUCCUACAGGCGUCUUCUGUACGUGCCCUUUUGCCCUUCGCUACCCAGUUCAGAGGGAAGAGGGUGAGACCUGCCCAGCCAGGCCCUCCCAACCCAGGGAGGGGAGAAGCUCUCAAACUUGAAAAUAAAUGUUCAUGGGGCCAAAUGGGGUUUUAAUAAAAACGUGAACCGCAGACUCAC